AUGUUACGGAAUAUUGUUAAAAAUUACUUACUUGCCAUCGUUUUGGUACUAUCUGUGCUCAAGGUCGAUAUAGCAGUUUUAGCCUCUAACAAUAAUAAUCAGGAUAACUUUUUAAACCGAACUAUAAAUGCUUUAAAUUCGGGAAGAAACAUUGCAAAACGAUAUGGCCACAACCAAUUAAAACCUGUGCACAUUUUGAGUGCUUUAAUAAAGAGCGAAUAUGGAUUCAAUUUAUUUAAGUCAAAUAAUAUUGACUUGGAAAACUUGAAGGAAUAUACAGAUGCUGCCUUAGAACAAACUAGAGCCGGAGCGCCCCUUGAUAACAAAACAAUUGUUGUAAAUUCUGAUGGAACAAAUGAAGUUAUAGCCGAAGCUAAAGCUAUUGCAAAAAAAUAUAAAAGCCCCAAAAUUGACAUAGAACAUAUAUUAUAUGGUUUAAUGACUGAUGAACUUGUAAAUGAAAUAUUUGGUGAAAUAUAUUUGACAGAAGAUUCGAUUAAAGAUAUUUUAAAAGCAAAAUUUGAAAAAGCAACAAAAAAUAAAGAAAAGAAAUCAACUGGAUUAACUAUUGAACAAUUUGGUUCUAAUUUAAAUGAGAAAGUUAGAAAUGGUAAAUUACAAGGAAUAUAUGGAAGAGAUGAAGAAAUUCGAGCAAUUAUUGAAUCAUUGUUACGAUAUAAUAAGAACAGUCCAGUAUUAGUUGGUCAACCAGGUACUGGUAAAACUACCAUUGUUGAAGGUCUUGCUUAUAGAAUUGAAAAAGGUGAUGUUCCUAAAGAAUUACAAGGAUAUACAAUUAUAAGUUUAAAUUUCCGUAAAUUUACAGCCGGAACAUCAUAUAGAGGAGAAUUUGAAAAUAGAAUGAAAAAUAUAAUUAAAGAGUUAAAAAAUAAAAAGAACAAAAUCAUAUUGUUUGUUGAUGAAAUCCAUUUAUUAUUAGGUGCUGGUAAAGCUGAAGGUGGUGUAGAUGCAGCCAAUUUAUUAAAACCAGUUUUAUCAAAAGGUGAAAUAAAAUUAAUUGGUGCAACCACUGUUGCUGAAUAUAGAAAAUUUAUUGAAAGUUGUUCAGCUUUUGAAAGACGUUUUGAAAAAAUUAUUGUUGAACCUCCAUCUGUUGAAACAGCAAUUAAAAUUUUAAGAUCAUUGAAAAGUAAAUAUGAAAAAUUUUAUGGUAUAAGUAUUACUGAUAAAGCUUUAGUUGCUGCUGUAAAAGUUUCUGAUAAAUUUAUAAAAGAUAGAUUUUUACCAGAUAAAGCUAUUGAUUUAUUAAAUAAAGCAUGUUCCUUUUUACAAGUUCAAUUAUCCGGUAAACCAAGAAUUAUAGAUUUUACAGAAAGAUAUUUAGAAAGAUUAGCAUAUGAAAUAAGUACAUUAGAAAUGGAUGUUGAUAAAGUUUCCAAAAAAAAAUAUAGUUCUUUAGUUGAAGAAUUUGAAUUAAAAAAAAUUGAAUUAAAGAAAUAUUAUGAAGAAUAUGUUUCAACAGGAGAAAGAUUAAAAAGAAAAAAAGAAGUUGAAAGAAAAUUAAAUGAAUUAAAAGAUUUAGUACAAAAUUAUAUUAAUUCAGGUCAAGAACCUCCUGCUGAAUUACAAGAAAGUUUAGAAGAAACUCAAAAACAAUUUGUAGAAAUAUAUAAAACUACUGUAGCAUAUGUUGAAGAAAAAACUCAUAAUGCUAUGAAUGUAGAUGCACUUUAUCAAGAACAUGUAUCAUAUAUUUAUUUAAGAGAUUCUGGUAUGCCUUUAGGUUCAUUAUCAUUUGAAUCAUCAAAAGGUGCAUUAAAAUUAUAUAAUAGUUUAUCAAAAUCAAUUAUUGGUAAUGAAGAUAUUAUUAAAUCUUUAAGUGAUGCUGUUGUUAAAGCUGCAACUGGUAUGAAAGAUCCAGAAAAACCAAUCGGUACUUUUCUAUUUUUGGGUCCUACUGGUGUUGGUAAAACAGAGUUAGCUAAAACAUUAGCUAUUGAAUUAUUUAAUUCAAAAAAUAACUUAAUUCGUGUUAAUAUGUCAGAAUUUACUGAAGCACAUUCAGUAUCUAAAAUCACUGGUAGUCCACCAGGUUAUGUUGGAUUUAGUGACUCUGGUCAAUUAACAGAAGCUGUAAGAGAAAGACCCCAUUCUGUUGUUUUAUUUGAUGAAUUAGAAAAAGCACAUCCAGAUGUAUUUAAAGUUUUAUUACAAAUUUUAGGUGAUGGUUAUAUUAAUGAUAAUCAUAGAAGAAAUAUCGAUUUUUCAAAUACUAUUAUUAUUAUGACAUCUAACUUAGGUGCUGAAUUAUUUAAAAAACAAUUUUUCUUUGAUGCUGAUAAUUCAAACACACAAGAAUAUAAAAGAUUAUUUGAGGAUCUUAGAAUUCAAUUAAUUAAAAAAUGUAAAAAAGUUUUCAAACCUGAAUUUGUUAACAGAAUUGAUAAAAUUGGUAUUUUCGAACCAUUAAGCAAAAAAAAUCUACAUCAAAUUGUUAAAUUACGAUUCCAAAAAUUAGAAAAACGUUUAGAAGAAAAAAAUAUUAGUAUUGGCGUGUCAGAUAGAGCUAUAGAUUAUAUUAUUGAUCAAUCAUAUGACCCAGAAUUAGGAGCUAGACCCACACUUAUCUUUAUUGAAAGUGUUAUUAUGACUAAAUUUGCUGUUAUGUAUUUAGAAAAAGAAUUAGUUGAUGAUAUGGAUAUAUAUGUUGAUUACAAUAAAUCAAUCAACAAUAUUGUUAUUAACCUUUCAUUGUCAUAA